AUGAGAAAAAAAUCAAGUUCAAGCAAAAUGUGGUACUGGGUGGUGCCUUGCAAGAGCAAAAGCAGGUUGAGAAGAGAGUCAAGAAUGGAGAUUGAGGAAAUACUAAAGAUGAAGCUGGAGACCAUCCACGAGGAGCCCGAGACCGAAAACGGGCCGAUGGCGAAGCAUAGCAGCUUCUCAAAGAAGGUGAAGAGGGUUGGUUUUAAGGAUUCUUAUGUGGUCUUCAUGACUGGAUUUGCAGCCAGAGGUGGACUCGGUGGCCUCCCUAGAUACUAG